UGAAUUUGCUAGAUUGUUUGGUAAAGACAAGUGUAAAAAAAAAGUGGUUCUAUUUAUCGAUGAGUAUGAUGUAUUGUAUGAAGCAGAUGAUGAUAUUAGAGCCUUACAUGCGGGUCUUGUAUGCCUUUGCGGAAGAGCUAUUUAUGUAGAUUUAAUGAGAAAACUUGAUGAAAGAAGAAGGCUUGACUUCUUAACCUGGUUAAACUUCACCAUCAAUUCAUUGCAAAAAUUGGUGCUUGAUUAUGCCACCUUCAGAAAGAUGAUCGUUGACAACGAAGAAAGAAACUUAGCAGAAUUCUUAACAGCUAAGGGGGUGUUAAUUAGGGAUGAAGAGACCAAAGAUAGAUUUAAAAUGUCAUCCGCCCUAGUAGAUGAGCUCCUUCGAGAAAGAGUCAUUCCUGAAUUAUUCAAGUCCACCCCAACAGUUGCAGUUCCUGAAAAAUGUGAUGGAUUCCUUGAUAUCGUCAACGUUUUGAAGACAUCUGCGGCUAUUCUCUCAGAAACGCAAACGGAUAACAUCUAA